AUGCAAAACUAUCUACCAAAUUUGGAUUGGACAAACUCUGAGAAAGAGCAUCUACCUACUGCUCCCCGUGCUAACCCAUCUACUCGCCCCCAGCCUUCUCACACUUACGCGAUUGAGACUGAGAAACCACAAGAAGAGAGAAGCAGAACUUUCUCCCCGGAGCACGUGAGAGAGAGGCCGUUCAGGCUGAACCUCCACACAAACUCAUCGAAUGAUCAAAAGCUAAAGGCGAAAGUGUCUGAUUUGGAGAUUGUAUCUGAAGGAAGCUCAGCUAAAAAGAGUUUGAAGUUUGACGUUGAGAAGACUGCCGUUCUAAGCAAACCACAAGCCUCACCACCACUAGCAUCCGCUGCAAAAGUACCUGAAAAAGAGAAGAGCUGGUAUGAGCAGACCUUAGAAGAGGAAGAGAUACUGAAUCAGGAAACGAUGGACAAACCUGCCAAAUCGAACGACAAGGAGAUGGAGGAAGUGAACGAUCCUGAUGCGGAAAAGAUCCUGGAGGAUGAGGACUGGAUGGUUAACGAAGACAGCUAUGAUAAUAACUAUGAGGAGGACGAUCUGAUGGAGGAUGACGACCUGCUUGUUGAUGAUAUGGAACAGGAGGAGACGUCUAUCACCGUUGCUGACCAGAACCCAAUUGAUGCUCUCAGGAACUUGGAUGAAGGGAACAAAGCACUGGAGUCUUUAAGCCCUACAACCAUCCCUGAUCGACGACCUGAAACUCGCCCUGCCCAGACGCCAUCAUCUAGAUCGCGCCCAUCGCCGGCGAAGAAGAAGAAGGGCUCGCCUAGCCCAAUCGCGACGGGAGUCUCACUCCGACAAAGAAACCUUUUGGCGGGCCGGACCUCAACAAAGACAAAAUCUGCUAGGAGUGGGCUCAAAGCCGAUGAUCUUCCCCAGGCCCGUGACCAAGUUCCAAGCGAUAUUGUGAAAGCAGAAGCGUUUUUGAAGAAUAACAACAAGAAAUCAGCAAAGUUUUUAUUUCUUUCGGAGACUAAGAACAAUCGGAACUUUUUGCAAGAUGUGCAAGUUUCUUUUGGAUUUGAUCAUGUUUGUACGGUUGAACCUGUUGGUAGAAGUGGCGGACUAGCACUUUUUUAUAUGGAUGAUCCCUCGGUUACUAUUUUAUAUGCGGAUGCACACAUGAUUGAUAUUGAGACCAGACUUGAAGGACACACAAUUUUUAUGACCUUUGUGUAUGGCGACCCUGUAGUUAGACAUCGAGACCUAGUUUGGGAACGAUUGUCACGCAUGAGUACCAACCGAAGUGGAGCGUGGUUCAUGAUCGGGGAUUUUAAUGAGAUCACUGGAAACCAUGAAAAGAGGGGAGGAAGACGUCGCUUAGAGAGCUCUUUCCUCCCUUUCCGUACCAUGUUAGAUAAUUGUGGAAUGCUUGAUUUUCCAUAUAAAGGUAACUCCUUCUCGUGGGUGGGAAGAAGAAGUACCGGAAAAGUCAAAUGCAAACUUGAUAGAGCAGUUGCAAAUGAAGAAUGGCACGCCCUCUUUACUCAUUCAGUUGUAGAAUUCCUACGACUAUGGGGCUCGGAUCACCGACCGGUCCUAGCACGCAUACAAUCAAUCCCUCGGAGGACAAGGAAAAACUUCCGUUUUGAUAAGAGAUGGAUAGGAAAACCGGGUUUUAAAGAUGCAGUAAUCUCGGGAUGGGGACAGUUUGAUGCAACUCCAGUUCGGAAUUUCCAUCAAAAAGUUACCUCAUGCCGAAAUAAAAUUAGUUCUUGGAAAAAGAAUAACCCGACGAACUCUGCUGUUUUGAUCGAAGAAUUAAAAAGAAAGAUUGAUCUUGCUCAAGAUGAUGAAAAUUCUACGACAGAAGAGCUGGAAGAGCUAAAAAGACAAUUAAUCAUGGCCUUUAAAGAGGAGAACUCUUAUUGGGAACAAAAGAAUCUUUUCUCUACUUCUUCACCAACGGAGCUAGACAAUUCCCUUCGCUUCAUCUCGGAAAAAGUCUCCCAAGCCGACAAUAGGUUACUCUUAGAAGAACCGUCGGAACAAGAGAUUAGGAAAGCUCUUUUUGACAUUAACCCGGAUAAAGCACCCGGACCGGAUGGCAUGACUAGUAAAUUGUUUCAGAAAUUUUGGCAGGAGAUACGUCAAGACAUUAUCAAACUUGUACAAGACUUCUUCGCCACAGGCAGUUUCGACCCAGCCCUAAACCAAACUAACAUCUGCCUCAUUCCGAAAAAGAAGAAACCUCGGGACAUGACAGAGUUUCGACCCAUUAGUCUAUGCAAUGUCAGCUAUAAGAUUAUAUCUAAGCUACUUUGCAAGAGACUGAAGCGAGUUAUUCCGCGCUUGAUCUCAGAGACACAAUCUGCCUUUGUAGCUAAACGCUUGAUUACUGAUAAUAUCCUAAUAGCCCAAGAGAAUUUCCACGCUUUAAGGACGAAUCAGAGAUGUAGAGAAGAAUUUAUGGCCAUUAAAACAGACAUGAGUAAAGCUUACGAUAGAGUGGAAUGGAGCUUUAUAGCAGCGCUUAUGCUAAAGAUGGGUUUUGAUCCAAGACUGGUUGACCUCAUUAUGUGUUGUGUCACGUCAGUCUCAUAUCAAGUCUUAAUCAAUGGCCAACCUAGAGGACGAAUCCUACCAAUGAGAGGAUUGAGACAAGGAGAUCCUCUCUCCCCCUUUUUGUUUAUCCUGUGUACGGAAUCGCUGAUCUCACUCCUUAAUGGAGCCGAAGAGGAGAAGAAGAUUGUCGGCCUCCGUGUUUCUGGGGCCAGCCCGAGGAUCUCUCACCUUCUUUUUGCAGAUGACAGUCUUUUCUUUUGUAAGGCAGAACUAAGCCAAUGCAAAGAGAUCAUGGACAUUUUAGACAUAUAUGGGAAAGCCUCAGGACAGAGACUAAAUGCAUCAAAAUCGUCGAUGUUUUUUGGAAACCGAGUGGAGCAUUCCCGGAAGAGAGAUAUAAAAGAAGUACUCGGAUUUUCUUCCGAAGGAGGCAUAAUUGAUAAGCUAAAAAGUACAACUUCAAAUUUCUGGUGGAGCUCGAACCAAAACAGCAGAGGCUUGCAUUGGAUAUCGUGGGACGAGAUCUGUACUCCCAAAGAUUUGGGAGGAUUAGGUUUUCGAGAUCUUCAUGAUGUUAACAUAGCACUUCUUGCGAAACAAUUAUGGAGACUCAUUCAUUACCCGAACUCUUUACUGGCACGCGUUUUAAAAGGAAGAUACUACAAUCAUACCUCUCCACUAGAAGAUCGACGCAUGUACUCACCAUCAUACGGAUGGCGUAGUAUCAUGGCAGCGAAGCCCCUUCUUAUAUCGGGAUUACGGAAGACAAUUGGAUCGGGUGGUGAUACGAGAGUAUGGAGUGAGCCUUGGAUCCCAGACUUGGUGGCUCGUCCACCUAGACCCGCAGAACAUAUUGUCUACAGACUCCCCCAACUUCUUGUUCAGUCUUUUAUUAAGACUGAUACCAAGGAGUGGGAUAUACAAUUGUUACGGGAAUUCUUUCACCCAGAAGAUAUCCCCUUGAUACUUGGGCUAAAACCUCGCUCCCUGACCCCGGAUGGGUACGUUUGGAACCAUACAAAAUCAGGCGUAUAUUCAGUUAAAACCGGAUAUGACCUACUACAAUCAACUAAACGGAGCCUUACACAUGGAGGGGUGCGUGAACCAAGCUUCACACAGCUCCAAAGUCAGGUGUGGAAGAUAAAGGCUCCGAGCAAGAUGAAGCACUUUUUGUGGCAGGCUAUCUCAGGCUGUGUGGCAACAGCAGAGAGGCUCACUUAUAGACACCUGGGUACCGAUAGGAGUUGUCCUAGAUGUGCUGCUCCAGUGGAGUCGAUUAACCAUCUUUUAUUUGAAUGCCCCCCGGCCCUGCAGGUUUGGGCUCUAUCGGACUAUCCGUCCCUUCCGGGUUACUUCCCGAGUACAUCUAUAUACCAAAACAUGAACUUUCUGUUUUGGAAGAGAAAAGAAGUGGCUCCCCAGAGACCACAAUUCGACACCUUCCCUUGGAUCUGUUGGUACAUUUGGAAGGCGAAGAACGACAAACUCUUUAAUGGGAAAGUCGUCUCCCCGAUGGACACUCUUCAACAUGCGUCACUUGAGGCAGAAUGUUGGAGGAAGGCAAACGAAAAAGAGGAAGAAGAAGUGGAUCUCGACGAUCCACAUAUUACGGAAGUGGAGACAGUGCAUCCUUGGAUACCCCGAACCCCUACCUGCCAAAUCGAUGCUUCAUGGAUAGAUAAUGGUAGCGUUAGUGGCCUAGGGUGGAGUUUCAAGGAUCAACGGGGCCUGGAAUUCUUCGGACUACGGGCAUGUACAAGGAGCCUCUCGGCGUUACACGCUGAGAUGGAAGGGCUACUCUGGGCAGUCUCAUGUAUGAGCCACAUGAGGAUGCCCAUGAUAAGGUUCGAGACUGAUUGCAUGGACCUAGUAGAUAUUGUUACAAACCCGGACGAGUGGCCUGCUUUCGCGACAGAGAUCGAGCUAUUCCGGAGUCUUCAAGAGGUUUUUGUGGAUGUGAGGGUGUCUCAUAUUCCACGAAACCGUAAUGGAAGGACAGACGCUUUAGCGAAAGAAGCUAGAAGAAGAGGCUUUAUCUUUUCCCACAUAGAUCAGACCCGGUCAGACGGAGAUGCUCCCCGGAGAAUCGGCUCGUCUAACUACCACUUGAUCUAA